AUGCAGCAGCUGAAGGCUCACCGCGCGAGCGCUAGGCCCCAGCGGCCUCAGCAGCUGCGCGCCGCCCCGGCACGCCCGCGUCGUGCCGCGGCGACGCUGCCGCGUGCGGCGCAUGGUGCUGGGCGCGGCGGGCCGACCGGGCUCGACAUCGGCCGGCACCGGCCGACCAGCCCGGCGGGCUGGGAACUGAUGAAACAGGCCCUCAGGAACGCCAACGUGAAGAUCGUCUCCCCCCAGGAGCUCGUCUUCGCGUCCCAGGCCGGCAACACAACCAUCAUUGACGUGCGACCCGCAGACCUCUUCGGCUCCGGCUGCAUAGAGGGCGCGGUCAACGUGCCGUACUACAGGCCGAUCGAGGGGUGGACGCCGUGGCAGAUCGCGCGACGCGUCGGCUACGCCGCCUUUGGCGUCUUCAACGGUACCGAGGUCAACCCAGAAUUUGCGGCCCAGGUGCAGGCCGCGGUGCGGGGGGACACCGCGCGCCCCCUGGUCCUGUACUGCAGCCAGGGGGGGUCCCUGGACGGCGGGAAGCUGCAGCGCGGCUUCCAGACGCGGGCCGAGUCGCCGCCCCGCAAGCUGGCCCCUGAAUCGGGGGCGGCGGGGCGGAGCGGACGGAAGCGGACGGGCGGCCAGCUGCCCAGCAGGCCGCGGCAGGGCGUGAGGGACAGGCGGCCCCGCGGGGGCUCUGCCCUUGUGGAUGGUGGUGGGGCGCGGGGCCCGGCGAGGGGAAAGCGUGCGGGAGGCUUCCAAGAAUGGGAGGCGUCCGGCCGCGACGUGCUGACCCCCGGCGACGCUCGCGACGCCCAAGCUGCACCCGCCCCGCAGGCGGCGACCAACGAGCCCCGCAACUGA